ACCGCCCCGCUCCUCUACUCUUCUCGAAUCCGAACGAACCCCUUCUCCUCUCUCUCUCCGCGAUCUUCGAACAAGGUCGCAGGUUUUUAGCUCCCAAAUCGCCAUUUGCGAACUCUGAAGCUUCGCCCUUCGCUGCUUCGGAUCGAACUCGCCGCGAGCGCAUCUCCGCCUCCAAAACCCUUGCAACCUUCGAUCGGACCUCCUUUUGUUGGAGAUAAUCUGAAGUCGAUCUGCUUCUGUCUGUCAAAUCUGCUGUCCAAUGAGAUGUCUCUCUUUAGCAGAUUCUUUUAUAGGAGACCGCCUGAUGGGUUGCUGGAGUUUGCUGACAAGGUUUAUGUUUUUGACUCAUGCUUUUCCACGGAAGUUUUGUCGGAUGAAAUGUAUCAAAUCUACUUGCAUGAGAUAGUCACCGAGCUGCAUGAAGAAUUUCCCGAGUCUUCUUUCCUUGCUUUAAAUUUUAGAGACGGAAAAAAGAGAAGCCAAUUCGCGAAGAUUCUUUGCGAAUAUGAUAUUACUAUUAUUGAUUAUCCACGCCAUUAUGAAGGCUGCCCUCUUCUUCCUUUAUCUCUCGUUCAGCACUUCCUUCGUGUCUGUGACAGCUGGCUGUCUCUCGGAAGUCAAAACAUUGUAUUACUCCAUUGUGAGAGAGGUGGCUGGCCGCUUCUAGCAUUUCUUCUAGCUUGCUUUUUAAUUUUCAGGAAAAUGCAUUAUGGAGAACAGAAAACACUAGAGAUUGUCCACCGAGAGGCCCCUAAAGGUUUUUUACAACUUCUAUCACCACUGAAUCCAUUCCCAUCUCAACUACGUUACUUGCAGUAUGUAGCUAGGAGAAACAUUUCUUCAGAAUGGCCUCCUAUGGAGCGGGCUCUUUCUUUGGAUUGCCUCAUUCUUCGAGCCAUUCCAAGCUUUGAUUCUGAUAAUGGAUGCCGACCACUUAUACGAAUUUUUGGCCGUAAUCUUCUUAACAAGGAUGGCCUUUCAACUGGCAUGCUCUUCUCAAUGCCCAAAAAGAAGACUUUGCGGCACUACCGGCAGGAUGAUUGUGAUGUCAUAAAAAUUGACAUACAAUGCUUAGUACAAGGUGACGUCGUCUUGGAAUGUGUGCAUCUUGACUUGGAUCCAGAAAGGGAAGUAAUGAUGUUUCGCAUCAUGUUCAACACUGCUUUUAUUCGAUCGAACAUAUUGAUGCUGAAUUGUGAGGAUGUGGACAUACUAUGGGAAUCAAAAGACCGCUAUCCAAAAGGUUUUAGAUCGGAGGUGCUUUUUGGUGAAAUUGAGAGCAUCUCUCCUCCAAGAGCUCCAACAGUUAUGUUGAAUGGCGAGAUGAAAGGGGGAUUGCCAAUUGAAGCUUUUUCUAGAGUGCAAGAACUUUUCAGCGGUGUCGAAUUGAUUGACAGUGGUGAUGAUGCUGCAUUUUGGUUGCUGAAAGAAAUUUCGGCGAAUGCUUUGCAAGAACGAAUUCAGAAGCUAAUUCUUAGUGACGUGAAGGAGUUGACAAAGCUGCAAAGUAAAGUAGGUAUGCAGAUGUCACUAAUUUCACCCACAGAUUCUGAUGAAGAAAAAGAUUCUGCAACUUCAAAUUCUGUUUCUUCUGUGGACAAUGAAACUGCUCAUCAUAGCCCGAAUAUUACUACUGAAUCAGAGGAAAUGCAUGAUGAUAGUGCAAUCGAAGAUUCUGAUUCUAUCGGUUUUGCACAGCCAGAUUGCUCCGCUAUCACAGUACAUGACGCAUCUGUAUCUCCACCCUUGCUGCCGCCGCCGCCGCCGCCACCUGCUCCUUCUUUGCCCUCUCUUCAUACUUCAGUUAGUAUUACAUCUGAAUCAGUAAAAACAUCGACUGCUUUGUCCCGCGCUCCACCGCCCCCUCCCCCUCCCCCUCCCCCUCCAUCUUCAGCCAAGCAUGCUUUAUCCAACAAAAAUUCUUCUUCCCUUCCUCCUCAUCCUCCUCCUCCCCCCCCUCCUCCCCCACCUCCUAGUUUCUCUUCAGAAAUUAAGAAAACCAAAUCACCUUCACCAACUUCAGCUGUGUCUAGUGUAUCUCCACCACUGCCGCCGCCACCACAUCCCUCAUUUUUAACUGCAGGCAGUGAAGGCCUGGUUUCACCUUCACCUUUGCCUGUUUAUACAAAAUCAGACAAAGGUCCGAAUUGCGCUUUGCCUCCUCUAUCUUCUAAUGUUCCUUCCGAAACUAAUAAUGCCAAGCUAGGCUCACUGUCACCCCCUUUACCUAGUAUAUUAAGCAAGGCUCCACCUCCACCUCCUCCACCUCCCCCUCCUCCCCCGCCUCCUUUUGUUUCUAAUAAGGAUUCUCUACCCGGUACAUCAAAUAGGGCUCCGCCUCCCCCACCUCCCUCGUCUAUGUCUAAUAAGGGUUCUCCGCCUCCUCCACCUCCACCUCCACCUCCACCUCUCCCUAGUACAUCUAGUAGAAAUUCUGUGCCUCCUUCCAGUACUCCUCCAAUUCCACCACCACCUCCACCUCCACCUCUCCCUAGUACAUCUAGUAGAAGUUCUGCCCCUUCUAGUACUCCACCUCCACCUCUGCCUCCACCUGUUUCGAGUUCUAAUCGUGGGUUUCCACCUCCACCACCCCCACUUCCCUCUAAGCAAGGAACCAAUCCAGCCCCACCACAGCCUCCUCCUCCAUCAGUGCGUAGCAUACGAGGCCCUACUCCUCCGCCGCCCCCUCCAGCACCGAAACUGGGGCCACCACAACCACCACAACCUCCAGGAUCCAAAGUUUCGAAUGUGCCAGCACCACCUCCUGCAAGUUUGGGACAUGGAAGAGCUAAUCCACCCAGCUUAGGAAGAGGCCGGGGAUCUGGACAGUCUAAUAAUGCUCUGAAAAAAGCUUCUCUAAAGCCUUUGCAUUGGGUCAAGGUUACUCGAGCAAUGCAAGGGAGUCUAUGGGCUGAUUCCCAGAAGCAAGAGAACCAGACAAGGGCUCCCGAGAUUGACUUUUCUGAAUUGGAAAGUCUAUUUUCAACUGCAGUUUCAAGUGACGGCAAUGGGACAGAUAAAGCUGGAUCAAAGCGUGGUUCUAGCGUCAGUAAGCCUGAGAUAGUCCACUUGGUUGACAUGCGCAGAGCAAAUAACUGUGAAAUCAUGCUUACUAAGAUAAAGAUGCCUCUUCCAGAUAUGAUUAGCGCAAUCUUAGCUCUGGAUACCUCGGUUUUGGACAUUGACCAAGUGGAAAAUCUCAUCAAGUUUUGUCCUACAAAAGAAGAAAUGGAGAUGCUAAAGAACUACAACGGCAACAAAGAAAUGCUUGGGAGAUGUGAACAGUUCUUCCUGGAGCUGAUGAGGGUUCCUCGAGUGGAAUCCAAGUUAAGAGUUUUCUCUUUUAGAAUCACCUUUUCAACGCAGGUGCAAGAGUUGCGAACCAACCUAAAUAUAAUUAAUGAUGCAUCUAGAGAGGUUAAGGAGUCUUUGAAGUUACGCCAAAUCAUGCAGACGAUACUUACAUUAGGAAAUGUGCUGAAUCAAGGCACUGCACGAGGCUCUGCUGUGGGAUUCAGAUUGGACAGCCUUCUUAAAUUAGCAGAUACUCGUGCAAGAAAUAACAAAAUGACCUUAAUGCAUUAUUUAUGCAAGCUCCUUGCUGAGAAAAUGCCUGAGUUGCUUGAUUUUGAUAAGGACUUGAUUCAUUUGGAAGCAGCCUCCAAGAUCCAAUUAAAAUUGGUUGCUGAAGAGAUGCAAGCAGUGAACAAAGGUCUUGAAAAGGUCGAGCAAGAACUGACUGCAUCAGACAACGAUGGUGAUAUCUCUGUGGGUUUUCGUAAGGCUUUGAAGAGUUUUCUUGAUACUGCGGAGGCUGAUGUUAGGUCCCUUAUAUCCUUAUAUUCAGAAGUGGGAAGAAAUGCUGAUUCUCUAGCUCAGUAUUUCGGAGAAGACCCUGCUCGUUGUCCUUUCGAACAAGUGACAUCGAUUCUGGUAAUCUUUGUUAAUACGUUCAACAAAUCGCGUGAGGAGAAUGCAAAAUUUGCUGAAACUGAAAAGAAAAAAAUGGAAAAGGAGGCCAUGAAAGAAAAAACAAUCACUUCAGCCGGAAAGGAAUGAACUUAUGCUGAUUAGCCCAAGAAUUAGCUAGCUCUAAGGUGGAAAUUGUUCCAUGUUCUUCUGGAAUAUCAAGUAAGAAUGUGAAGAUCAUUGUACUACUGACUACCAACAUAUUGGCCACAUUGUUUACUGUGGUAAUAUUCUAGGUGGACAAUUUACAGUGUAGGUGUAAGAUACAUUGAGAACUCCCCUAAAGCUGCAAAAUUUUGGCUCUCAGCUGAUCCCAAGAUGGUGCACCAAUCAUGCUGCCGUCCAUUGGUUGAGCUGAUUCCUCUUGUGCAACGAAUUGUAUGAUUGUAGACAACUUACAAAUGUAGCAUAUCGACUUACUGUGGAAUCUCUCCUGCAGCUGAUCCAAGGACGAGAUGAACUUCUCAUGCGUAAAAAAGCAUUUAUUGCAGAAUACCUCUGUACGUGUAGAUAGCAACUUAAGGCCAACAAAUAUCAAUCUUAAAAAGAAAAUAGUCAAUGUUAAAGAAAAAGGUCAGCUGAAUAUGGAAGCCAAAUGGUGAGAAAGCUAACCACGUUUCCAUGAUGUAGGCCAUUUUUCACUUGUGGCUUCUUAUCAUUAAGCAGCAUUAUUUUCUAUGUUCCUGUUGUUUAGACAUGGGUUUAAUGUACAUAAUAUACACUUUUUAAUAGUAAUGUGUUUAAUAAUAAUGUAGAAUAUUGUUACA